GCGUUGCUUUUUUAUCCGGUUGAUGUCAGUUGUCAAGUAUCCAAGAAUGAUCUCCUUCAAUUUGUGUUUGUUUUGGUAGUUCAAUUUUUAAAUAUGUAUUUUUAACUUAGUGUUGAGUUUAUUGGCCAGGAUUCAACAGUAAAUAAAGGCACAACAAUGGAUUCAUUCUUAGGUUUUUUUGAUCCAACCAACUGCAACGAAUGCAGCACGGACGAAUGUGCCAUUGACAACUUAAACAACCAAAAAGCUCUCCCGCCGGAACCACAAGUGGGCAACAUCGAGUACAAAUUGAAAAUUGUUAAUCCGACCAAGCAAAGAUUUGAACACCUUGUAACACAAUUGAAGUGGCGUCUUCGCGAAGGCAAUGGUGAGGCAAUUUACGAAAUUGGAGUUGAAGAUAGUGGUAUUUUGGCCGGAUUGUCCCAAAGAGACAUGACGGCUAGUUUGCAAACUCUUCAACAAAUGGCUUUGAAAUUGGAGGCAACAACAACAAUUUUAAGACAAAGGACACUUGACAACGGACGAAGUAUUGCCGAAGUCCUUGUAAGAAAAAUACCAGAUGACCAGAACAACAUUGAAGUCCGAGUUGCGGUGCUUGGAAAUGCCGAUGCCGGGAAAUCAACCUUGCUGGGGGUUCUCACGCAGGGGAAUCUUGAUAAUGGCCGAGGGAGAGCAAGGUUGAAUAUGUUCCGACAUCUGCAUGAGAUUCAAAGUGGACGAACUUCUUCAAUUUCGCAUGAAAUUCUCGGAUUCAAUUCUCAAGGGCAACCUAUAAACUACAGUUACAGCGAAUUGAUCACAGCUGAAGAAAUUUGUGACAGUUCUACAAAACUGGUGACUUUUCUGGAUCUUGCAGGGCAUAAGAAGUAUCUAAGAACAACUAUCCAAGGUCUUUCAGGAUAUUCACCUCAUCAUGCUAUGCUUGUGAUAUCUAGUACUGCAGGGGCGGUAGGAAUGGCGCACGAGCAUCUAGCCAUAGCAAUAGCUUUAAACGUGCCAUUUUUCAUCGUGAUAACUAAAAUCGACUUAGUAUCACCAACAAAUACUCUUCAGUCUUUAGAAUCUUUCUUAAAGCAGGUCGGUAGUCGGCGUGUACCUUUAAUUAUAAAAAAUUUGGAUGACGUCAUAACAGCUGGUGCCAACCAGUUGACCGAAAAUGUUGUGCCUAUAUUUUGCGUGUCCAGCGUCAGCGGCGAGGGUUUGGAACUGCUGUUGAAAUUUCUUCAUGUUCUUCCUCCUGGAAUUAGUGCCACUGAAAAGGAACGUCUAGAGCAGGAAUCCCCCGAGUUUCAAAUUGAUGAGAAUUUUAAAGCCGGGGAUGUUGGCCAGAUUAUAGGAGGCCUGUUGACUAAAGGGGUUAUAACCGAAGGGAUGCAAAUGCAGCUCGGGCCUCAAAAAGAUGGGAGUUUUCUCAAUGUGGUUAUUAAGUCGAUUCAUAGGAAUAGAGUUCCUUGUCGGAUGGUCAGGGCCGGGCAGAGUGCUGCGUUGUGUUUGAAUAGUUAUAUUCCCAAUUUGAGGAACGGGUUGGUUUUGCUACGAGCAGAUUCGAAUGCUAAAGGCUGUGAGUUUUUCCAAGCGAGCGUUUCGGUUUUGUUCCACGCAACGGCGAUUUAUCAAGGAUACCAAACUACCGUCCAUAUUGGAAAUAUAAGGCAGACAGCUGUUGUGAUUGGCAUUUUCCCUUCCGAUUGUAUUCAUACCAACGAAAGAGCUUCAGUAUUAUUUAAAUUUAAGUCUCAUCCUGAGUAUGUUACUGUAGGGCAAAGACUGCUCUUUAGAGAAGGCGCUGCCAAAGGUAUUGGGGAGAUCACUCAAGUGUUUCCUCUAAAUUACAAACCUGAUUCGGGGUAAUUGCAUUAUUAUUUUUUUAGUUGAACGUACUUAAAUGCCAAAUACAAAAUAUCUUUUAAUCUCAUUAAUAUUAGAAGUUCAAAUUUUAUUUAUUUGAUGUUGAAUUGCAUUAGUUUUCCAAUUGACAUAAUUGGUUGGUUUUUAGUUAUUGUAAAUUUGUACAAAUGUACAUAAAACAUUUAAGUCGGAGUUCAAAUUUGUAUUGUCUAGUACAAAAUUUUUUUUAAUUGUAAUGACAAAAUCUGUGAUUGUAUUUUAAGAAAUUUUGUAGUUCGGUCAUGCACAUUUUUCUCUUUAUUUUCAGAGAUCUCUGUCAAAGUUAUUACUAAUAAUAAUAAUAAUAAUAAUAAUAGAUAAAUAUAUGUUAUAGCUAUAUA